CAGCUUCAGUUGAGCAUCCGGGGCAGGGCGGGAGCCUGCGAGCUCUCUGGCGCUUGUCUGUGGGCUCCAGCGAGUGUACAAGAUGCUCUGGAUCCAAGGCAGCUUCCUGAGGAUGGGCUUGGGGUUCCCCAUUCGACGCGCACCUCAAACCAUUUCGCGCUGGCCGCGAUGGGGUCCUAGGGCUGCGGGUCGUCCUUGUAGCUCCAGAGGCCAGAAUGCCAGCGGCUCUGAGCCCCUAGAGAAAGUUCACAGGAUCCCCACCCAGUACAAGCCUUCACAAUUCGACAAGAAAAUCCUGCUGUGGACCGGGUAUUUCAAAUCUAUAGAGGAGAUUCCACGCCUGUUACCGCCUGAAACGAUAGCGGCUGCAAGAAACAAAGCUCGAGUGAAAACUUGUUAUAUAAUGAUGGGACUGACCAUCAUUGCCUGCUUUGCUGUGAUUGUGUCUGCCAAAAGGGCUGUGGAACGGCAUGAAUCCUUAACAAGUUGGAAUCUGGCAAAGAAAGCUAAGUGGCGUGAAGAAGCCGCAUUGGCUGCACAGGCUAAGGGGAAGUGAUGCUUUAGGCUAAAUGAUGACAACAUACCCACUCACAUGCCAUUACUAUUAACAGCAAUAGUAAGACUGAGAAAAUAUUUGCUAUAGUUUCAAUUUGAUAACAAAAACAUUAAGAUCUUUCAUAUUCUUUAGCAAACUUUUAUUUACUAAAGCCCAUUA